AAAUCGUUCGAGGCCAAGUCGGUCUACUCAUUCAAGUUCACGAUCUCAAGUUACAGAGGAGCGAAGACGCGACGCACGCUCAUUCUCCUUCAAGGUAAGAAAGAAGAGAGAGGCUGUACUAGCAGCUUGGCGUCUUAUCUGUCUCUGGCUCUGUACCUCAAAAAGUGGCACUGUUACUGCGUGUCUCAGAUCUCACGUGAUCGACGUUCUCACUGAUUGAUAUCAUCAUCUAUCAAAAUCGAUCGUAAAUAGAAGUAAUUUUAAAAAGAAAAGAGUCGGUGGGAACCAAAAUUGGGAGAGCUGGAGGCCGUACAGGAAUCCCAGUCCUUGAAGGCUCCUCCCGCCGCUGCCGCCACCGGAAACGGACAGAUCCGAUAUCGGUCCCCAUCUUCGGCCGAACUGCUGGACGGUCAGUCCUCUUCUCCAACCGAUCACCAACAACAGUCACUGGAAUUCGAGAAAAUGCUAAAGCGUCCCGUCCCCCGCCACGAGUCCUUGUCCGACAAGAUCCACCGCUUCCGAGGGGUUUUGCUGAUAAUAUCUGUCCCGCUCCUCCUCAUCACUUUCCUCAUCGUCCUGAUGCCUGCCUCUACUCCCUCUCAGUCCCUCCAGGAAUACCGCAACCGAAAGGUCCCCUCCGAUCUCAGAUCCCCCAAGUCCUACGCCGUUAUCUUCGACGCCGGUAGCUCCGGCAGUCGAGUCCACGUCUUCUGCUUCGACCAUCAUCUCGAUCUCGUUCCCAUCGGCAAAGAUCUAGAGCUCUUCCUACAGAGAAAACCGGGUUUGAGCGAGUAUGCCUCUAAUCCCCGGGACGCUGCCGACUCUCUGGUUUCCCUGUUGGAUCAAGCUCAAAGUGUUGUCCCCAAAGAUUUGCGGCCCAAGACGCCCGUUCGGGUUGGGGCAACUGCAGGCUUGAGAGCAUUGGAAGGCGAUGCUUCCGAUCGAAUUUUGCAAGCGGUUAGGGAUCUUCUAAAACAUAGAAGUACUCUGAAAUCGGAGCCCAGUGGAGUUGCUGUCAUCGAUGGAACUCAAGAAGGUUCUUAUCAGUGGGUGACAAUAAACUACCUACUGGGAAAUUUAGGAAAGGAAUAUUCAAACACAGUUGGAGUAGUUGACCUUGGAGGUGGAUCUGUUCAAAUGGCUUAUGCUAUCUCAGAUGCAGAUGCUGCAAAUGCACCAAGGUUAUCAGAUGGAGAGGAUACAUAUGUGAAGGAAAUGUACCUUAUGGGAACAAAAUAUUACCUCUAUGUUCACAGUUACUUGCAUUAUGGCUUACUAGCAUCUCGGGCAGAGAUUUUGAAGGUUUCUGAAGACUCUAGCAACCCAUGCAUCUUAGUUGGUUAUCAUGGGUCUUACAAAUACGGUGGAGUUGAGUAUCCAGCAUCAGCUUCCCGUUCUGGCUCAAAUGUGGACGAGUGUAUGAGGGUGGUUUCUAAUGCUCUCAAAGUAAAUGAAUCUACAUGUAUGCAUAUGAAAUGCACAUUUGGUGGGGUAUGGAAUGGUGGCGGUGGGGAUGGACAGAAGAAUCUUUUUGUAGCUUCAUUUUUCUUUGACAGGGCUGCUGAGGCUGGUUUUGCCGAUCCAAAUGUUCCCAUUGCCAAAGUUCAUCCUAGGGAGUUUAGGGAGGCAGCUAAGCGUGCUUGUGAGACUAAACUUGUGAAUGCUAAGGCCGCAUAUCCACGUGUUAAGGAAGAGAACCUCCCAUUUUUAUGCAUGGAUCUUGCGUACCAGUAUACGUUGCUUGUAGAGGGCUUUGGUCUAGAUCCUUGGCAAGAGAUUACAUUGGUGAAGCAAGUUAAAUAUCGUAAUGCCCUGGUUGAAGCAGCUUGGCCACUAGGCAGUGCAAUAGAGGCUGUGUCGUCCUUAACAUGAUCGGAGAUGACAUAAUUAGCUAAUUCGCACAUUUGAAAUUCAUAGGCGUGUGGUUCUUAGGCGUCAGAGGUUUCAAGCUGAAGUAUCCAAAGGUGAUGAUGCCCAAGAUUCCAUCAGCUUGAAUUGGGAAUUGGAUUUUGGUCUAUAUUUUGAGAAUAAGAGGAGUAUAGAUUUUUUUUAUCCUAAUUUGUAAUUGCUUUUACAAUAGAUUCUAAUUUAUUGCUUCUGAGAGAAUGAUCUGAUUGAAUUAGUUCGUUUAGUUCGCUCGGCUUGACAAACAAAAUGGUCAUAUCAAUUGAUAGGCAACCGAUUAAUUUGCGGCUUGCCCGUUUUACUCUC